AUAGAAACAUUUCAAGAACCACGCGACGGGGUGACUAUUUGACUUGAAACUCGGUUUGACAGCCUUGCGCGGGAACAGCAAUAGGGGCCAAAAGUCAUAGAGAAAUGAGUGCAGCUCAAAUUCAGGUUAUUCUGUCCAGCCCCCAGAGCUUCGCCGGGCUCAUCGGGCAGACGCUGUCGACAGACAAUGCCCAGCGCAAAUCGGCUGAGGACCUCUACAGCUCUCUUCGCAAGCAGCGCCCCGAUGCGUGCGCAACUAACCUGCUGCAGCUUCUGCGCACGAGCCCAGAGGUGCUGGUGCGCUCCACCUGCGCCGUGUUCCUUCGAAAGGUCGUCAAGUCCGGGGGCAAGGAGGCCGGCUGGGAGCAGCUGAGCAAGAGCACGCAGGCCGUGGUGAAGCGCGAGCUGCUGGCGGCGCUGGCGGCCGAGGUGGACCGCAACGCCGCCAAGCAGGUGGCGGCCGUGGUCAUCGAGCUGGGCGAGCAGGUGAUGGACGAGGUGGCGGCGGCGCCCGCCAAGCGCGGCGGACGCAAGAAGGGCCCCGCCCAGCCCAAGUGCGGCUGGCCGGAGCUGCUGGCGGGGCUGCAGGCAUGGCUGCAGGGCGCCGGCGCGUCCGCGGUCACGCGCGAGGCCGCAUUGAUGGUUGUGGCCGGCCUGGCCAUGGAGCUGCGCGCCUGGGCGGCCCAGCUGGCGCCCGUCAUCACCGCCUGCCUGGCGCCGCCCGCCGACCUGGCCGUGCAGCUGACCGCCCUCAGCGCCGUGUCAGCCUUCCUGGAGGUCCUGCGCAAGCCGGCCGAGCUGCGCCCCUACCAGGCGGCUCUGACGGGCGGGCUGGUGAGCCUGCAGGCGGCGCUGGCGGCCGGCAACACCGACGUGGCGGAGCAGCUGCUGGUGGUGCUGGUGCAGACUGCGGAGCGGGAGCCGGCGCUGUGGCAGCCGCACGUGCGCACGGCGGUGCCGGGCAUGCUGGCGCUGGCCGGGCCCGCCGCCGGGCCGGGCGGCGCGGCGCUGCCUGAUGACCUGCGCAAGCUGGCGGCGGAGUUCGUGCUGACGCUGGUGGACAUCAAACCGCAGAUGGUGCAGUCGGAGAUGGGCGCCGGCCCGCUGGCGGCGCAGCUGGUGAGCUGCCUGGCCCACUUCCUGACGAGCGGUGUGGAGGACGACCCGGCCUGGGGCGACGACCCCAUGGCCUACCCCGACAUGGACGACGACGAGACGCUGGGCGAGCUGCACCGCCACGGCCUGGAGUGCGCCACCCGUGCCGCCGACUCGCUGGACAGCGGCGCGGUGCUGCGUGCGGUGGUGGACAUGACGGGCGCCUGGGCGGCGGACGCCAGCGACUGGCGGCGGCGGCACGCGGUCAUGAUGUGCCUCAGCCAGGUGGUCGGCUCCGUCAAGGACGUGGUGGGCCCCGCCGAGCUGGCCUCGCUGGCGGGCCUGCUGGUGGGUGCCCUGCGCGACCCGCACCCGCGCGUGCGCUGGGCGGCCUGCCACUCGCUGGGCGUGCUGUGCGGCGACCUGGGCCCGGGGCUGCAGCUGGCGCCCGGCGGCGGCGGCAGCGCCAUGCUGGGCGCGCUGGCUGGGCUGCUGGCGGAGCCGGAGGGGCCCGCCUGCCCGCAGCGGCUCAAGGCCACCGCCUGCCGCGCGCUGGUGGGCUUCCUGGAGGGGCUGGACGCCGAGCCCGAGGAGGCCGCCGAGGCCGCAGCCGCCGCCACCCCGGCCCUGAGCGAGGAGCAGCGCAAGGCGGCGGCGGCGGCGCUGGUGGCGCCGCACCUGCAGCCGCUGGCGGGCCCGCUGCUGGCGGCGGUGGACCGCUGCGCGGCGGGCGAGGGCGGCAACCUGGCGGGCGGGCGCGCGCUGGUGCCCACGCCCACGCAGGAGUUCAGCCUGGACGUGCUGUGCCGCCUGGCCUGCGUGCUGGGGACUUCCUUUGCGCCGCUGUACCCAGUGGCCAUGCCGCGUGUGCUGGCGGUGCUGGGCCGCUGUGCCGCCUUCCAUGCGCCCACCGCCACCGCGUCCGGUUCCGUCACCGAGGAAGAGGCCACCGCCAUCGUGCGCGUGCAGGUUGGUGCACUAGAGUGCGCGGUGUUCAUGGCCCGGGCCGCCGGCGCCGCCGCCGCGGCCGAGCACCUGCCCACGCUGACGCGGGUGCUGGGCCAGCUGUGCCGCCCCGACAUCGACAGCAGCAGCCCGCUGCUGGUGCCGCUGCUGGCGGCGGUGGAGCCGUUGGCGGCCUGCCUGGGCCCCGCUGUGGCGCCGGUGCUGCCGCCGGUGCUGCCCCUGCUGGCGCAGUGGGCCACCCGCGAUGUGGGCCUGGAGUCGCUGGAGGACUCGGACGAUGAGGAGCCCGGGGACGGCGAGGACGGCGCUCCGACCGCCGCCAGCGAGGAGGAGGAGGACGACGACGACGACGGCAGCGAGGGCCGCGACGACAGCGACGUGACGUUCGUGACCUACGGCGGCGCCGACUACCGCUACGUGGCCAGUGUGGCGGCGGCCAAGGCGGCGGCGGCCAGCGCGCUGGAGGAGCUUGUGGAGCGCAUGGGGCCGGCGGCGGCGCCACAGGCGCCCGCGCUGGUCGAGGCGCUGGCGGCCUGCCUGCUGGACUACCCGCUGGACGACGUGGCGGGGCCCGCCCGCAACGCACUGCCCAAGCUGCUGCGCGCCUACCUGGGCGCACUCAGCAGCGGCGCCCUGCCCGCCUCCGAGCCCGCCGCCAGCCCCGCCGCCGCGCAGGCGCUGCUGCUGCGGCUGUGGCAGGCGGUCACGGCGGUGCUCAACUUCGAGGCGGUGGCGGCGCCGGCGUCUGCUGCGGAGGGUGGUGCUGCUGGCGCGGCGCUGGGUCCGCUGCUGGCGCUGCCGGGCGGGCUGAAGCGGCCCACGCCCACGUCCGCCACACGCGCCGACAUGGCCGAGCUGCUGGCCGCCAUGGUGGACUCGGUGGAGGGCUCCAUGCUGCAGCAGCAGUGGGUGGCGGACGCCUUCGCCGCGCUGCAGGCCGCCACUAAGGCCGCGGCGCUUGAGGCCAACGUGGAGCAAUUCGCGGGCGCCGACUCGGACGAUGACGAGGAGGAGGACGACAAGAGCAUGGACGGAAGCGAGGACGUGGACGAGGAGGAGAGCGAGCGCUCGGAGGAGGAGGAGAGCGAGGAGGACAGCGGCGAGACGCCCGCGGCCGCCCGCGAGCGCCUGCGCAACCAGGUGGCCGCGUGUGUGUCCGCCUUCAGUCGCAAGUACGGCGACGCAGUGGCCGCCCUGGCGCAGCAGGUGCUGGCGGCGGCGCAGCCCGACCAGCAGACCGCGGCGCUACUGAGCGUGCGCGGCGGCGUGGUGGCCUGACGGGACUAAGGGCCGCGGCCAGGCCGCACGCAGGCGACCUGGCGGCUGGGGUGCCGGGCCCUGCGCCGUGCGUGGUCCCCAGAGUGCCGGUGGCCGCCGGGGAGCGUGGGGCUGUGUCGCAAUCGGCACGGCCGCGGCCCGUAACCGCAGCGUCAUUGGAGGCUUCCCUGGCAAUAGGGGCAAACCAUAGUGGGCAUAGAGGACAUCAUUCUCGAGUGACACUUGUCGUGUCGUCCUGAUGGGGUGCCCAGCUGUGCUACUCAAAUGUAUCGAACCGUAGAGAAUCUAUGGAUGUGCGCAAACGCACGGUAUUAUACCGGAUCUGCUGACCGCGCCACUGCGCGUUAAGGUGGAGCCUCUGUUACGCACCACCUUCUUGACGUCAGGCUCGUCUAAGUGCGUCAAGCAUCGGAGGUUGCUUCGACAACGGACACGAGCCACAUGUUCUGUCCACGGCCAAGAUACCACGUACAUACUGUGUAAGCUUGCUCCUACCAGGAUGAACAUAAUAUGUAAGCUCGCUCCUGCCAGUGUGAUGUAUGGCUGUGUGCACAUUAUUUGACGUGGUCAGGUUGCGACAUGUCGACAUGUGAAUUGCGACAUACAACAUUGCGACAUACCAAGACUCGCCCACAUUUGCAUAGCUACGCGUCUGGAGCCCAUUUAAGUAACAUCUCCCAGCUUUGCGGCGGUGUAUUGCGCUAGCGUAGCCACAAGCUCCUCCCACUGGCCGCACGCUACGCCACGCCAGCACCACCGUGGCAACCGAGACACGUUUUGUUGUGUGCCACGGCGUUCCACGCUUACCAGAGGCAUAUUGAAUGCAGGCACAAUAUGUCUGGCGGGUUUGGAUGCGUUUGGGCGGUAUGUGCAGUAUGUCGCAAUGUCGUAUGUCGCAAUUCACAUAUCCACAUGUCGCAUCCUGACCAUGUCAAAUAACUUGCAAGCUGCUAUAUGAGCGCUGUCGGGGGGCAUCCCCGUGAUGGAUGCACCCCAUAGAACAGAUGCUAUGGUGAUGAAGAUCAGGGCACCCACAAGGGGUAAUGUAUCCUCCUUGGGGCAGAACACACAUAGCAACUGUAACAUUGUAGCUUC